GGCAUGUUUUUAUUCUUGCGACUUUUUUUUUUUCUUCACUAUCAUUGUUGUCGCUAGGAUCCACUAUGACAUUCUCAGCAAAUAUACUACCAGUUUUUGAGCAGCUUGGGUUGUUGAAUGAGAUUCAAAAGAUUUCAUAUCCAUGUUAUGCGCUUGACUUCUACUCAGCAAACCGAGAGUCCUUUGGCUCCCUUAAACUAGAUGGUCGGAAGAGCAUGAUCAAGGAAUUUGAGAAUGUUUCCUGUCCAUGGGGAGGAACCAUGGGUGAGAUCAUUCAUGCAACGCCCAGGAACUUGAUCUUGAAGGUCUUUCUGGAGGAAAAAGUUUUCCAAACUUGGUUCCAUGGUCGAACUGUUCACCUUGUCGAUGCGUGCCAUAAGAUGCUUCCAGGAGCUGGUUUAGGUGCAGUGAAUGCGAUGCAUGAUACGGUUGUGCUUGCUAACUGUAUCUACAACAUGGAAGAUAGCAGCCUCAAAAGCAUUACAGCUGCCUUCCAGGACUACUAUCGCCAACGUCACUUCCGCGCACUGAACGCAUUUCAGAGAAGCUCCACAUGGUCUCAAGCUUCCUACGGUCAGACAUGGAAGGAAGGGUUAUUGCGUCAGGUGAUGAUGAACUACAUCCCACCUUGGGUGCAUGGUUGGACAGACGCAAAAGAGUGCAUAUCGUCCCCAAAUCGCAUGGCUUCCACUCAUCCCAACACGCGGCUCUGCACCCAACUUCCCCAGGAAUGCAAGCGAAAAGAUGAUAAUGAAGCCAUCGUAGCCGCAUAGGUAGCAGGAAAGAAAAUAAUAAAGCAAGCCGAGGGAAAAGAAAUCAUCAAUGACUGUCAAUGAUGAUAUUUCUAAUAAAG